GCGAUAAGAGAUAACGAUAACAGUGUGACUUAAUUUAAAUGCGACUCUGCCUUCCUUGCUAGUCUGGAGUUAGCAGCACCACCACCACCACUGCCACCACCACUGCCACUGCCACACUCCUAACGUGAAUCAACAAGGCAGCCACAAUGAGGCCUCUUCUUUUUGCAGCGCUGAUGGUGGUGACAACAGCUUCCAUGCUGCCACCAAUCAUGAACUUGCAACUUGGGGACGUUCAGAAUGCAGACAGCACCAUUGAAACAAAAGACACAGAGACAACUAUAGACGCCACGGACUUCACAACAGACAACUCCACAGCUUCUGAAGACUUUACAGAAUUUGAUAAUUCGACAGAUUCUUCAAAUUCCACUGACUUUACAACUGUACCUGUCGAGACCACAACACCUGACGGAGGCGACGAAGGAUUGAGUGACGGCGCCAUUGCUGGAAUUGUGAUAGGCUCUCUAGCUGGGGUAGGCCUAAUUGCAGGGGGUGUCUACUUCAUGAAGAAAAAAGAUAUGCUAUGCUUUGGGUAGACGUGAUCUGACUCCAUCUGACGUCAAUUGACCUGACCUCGUGUGACUGGAGUGGUGUUUGAUCCUAUUUCUCUCUCUCUCUCUCUCUCUCUCUCUCUGUUUUAUUUUUUCUCUUUCUUUCUUUUUAAAAUUUUGAUGUUUUGAUUGGAUUUUCUCUCUCUCUCUCUCUCUCUCUCUCUCUCU